AUGCCUCGUUCACGUGUUCCACCUACGCUCCUUACGAAGCUGAAGCACCCGCGCGACGCCACCGAUGGCCCUCGACUAUGGAAUGCGAAAAGACGAAUAAAGACGAGCAAAGGACUCAAUCCAGAACAGUUUCAGCAGUUUAAGCAGACACCACCGCACGUAUGGUAUAGCGCAUAUCUCAGUGUGCAACAGGAUCCUUCUCGAAAUGGAAUAUCGCUACAUCAGAAGUUUGCUCCAACGGAGUUAUACGCCAUUGACAAAACCAUCAACGACAGAGGAGAGCUGGAAUGGUGGAAGUUGGACAGGAAGCACCUCGACAAAUUCAUGGAUGCACACCCACAGCUUUGCCACGUCUCGAGCGACGUGAGGUCCUUUAUCUCAGACAAUUCCCACGCCUUGACCGAAUCCAAGAUCCUCCAGCUCCUGCGAAGUCCGGUCCGCUAUUUUUCCGCCUCCUCCAAUGUUCCCCUGGAACAGCGAAAGCAGAUAUACUUCCCUGAUGUCAAGGACACUGUUGUGUUGAUGCGCACUCCCCAUCUGGGUCCCCGAUACGCCGCCUUCGACGUCCCACUCCAUUUUAGCAAGCUGGACAUGAAGGCAUACCUGAAAAAUAUUUACAAUGUGGAUGUUCUACACAUUCGAAGUGUGGUCAUUCAGGCAAAAGUGCAGAGGACUGACCCCAGCUCUCCGUAUUCACAAGGCGCAUUGUUCCGCCCCCCGAGUCAGAAGAAAAUGACGGUGCAGCUUGCAAAGCCAUUCGUGUAUCCGGAGGAGAUCGAAGAUCUGUCACCAUGGGAGCACGACAGCUACUGGACGACAAUGAAGGCUUUGAUAGCCGACCAACGACAAGAGUCCAUCUGGGGCAGCACACAGCCGAACCUCGAACAUCGAAAGUCCAUUGCUUAUCAAGCUCAGCAACUCCUCAGAAGAAAGUCAAAAUGGGCACCGACAUGGCAGGCUUUCGCAGACAAUACGAAGGCUAUGCAAGGUUUAGCAACACAGCUCCCUGCGUCGCUACCGACGACCAACAGCGCUUCUGGUACAAGCGCACGUGUAAAAUAA